AGGCGUCACUGCUCUAACUUUGAGGCACUUGGAGCAAACAAGGCCACAUCCCUAAAGCUAUUCCAGUAGGGAAUCGCCAUACUAACUUCCCCCAGGUCAACCCGUUCCCCCCUGCAAUAGUUUUCCGACUCCUUCGAUACACAUUCUUCUUUGCCCUCACCCACUACCAGACUUUUCCAGGCCGCCCCUAACACCUGGCGGCCGCCAUUUUACACACUACUAUCGCGAGAUAUACUUAGCCUUCUCAAGCCCGACUCGUUUACUUUCUUGCUAGAGGUUCUUCUCGGCUGUUCUCGCCGUUAGCUGAGGAAAGUGUCGCGAGAGCUGGUUGCCUUGGCUCCCCGUAGCUAUAGCAGCCGCGGCGGUUAAGGAUGCGGCGGCAGGAACUACGCCCUUGGAAUUGCUGGAGGUUGAGCGUGCUGUCUGUUGGAAAGAAUCUUCGGUCCACAAGAAGCAUCAUCAACAAGCCUAAGAAUACAUCCUACCCUGAUCCUGGAUCCUGUUGGAGUUGAGGACUGCAGGCACUUCACCACGAUUUUAUGGAGGCAAUUCAAGAGAAAUAGAAGGACGCAAUACCUAAGGAUUUCUCUGUUUGUGUUUGUACUGUGCCAUGUUAAAUUUUGGGCAUUGUUUGGAGCAAAUGGGGGACGGCUCUGUCAUGUGGAUCUAAGAGGAUACCUGAGUUCCUUGAGCUACAUAGAUGAUGUUUGGAAGGUUGUAAACUCCAAAUAUUUCAACACAGAUUCAUUGAAUUCUGGAUUAUCUUUCACAAAUCAGGACUUCAGCAGACAGAAACUCUUUCCCCCAAAAUACAAAAUCUUCUCUAAGUUUUCAAGCUAAUUGUGAACAAUAAUGUCUUGGAAAAGAAAUUAUUUUUCAGGGGGCCGUGGUAGUGUCCAAGGCAUGUUUACACCUCGAAGCUCAACCUCCAUAGCCCCCAGCAAAGGUCUCAGCAACGAGCCAGGACAAAACAGCUGCUUCCUCAACAGUGCCCUGCAGGUUUUAUGGCACUUGGACAUCUUCCGACGUAGCUUUAGGCAGCUUACAACUCACAAGUGCAUGGGAGAUUCCUGCAUCUUUUGUGCUCUGAAGGGAAUCUUUAACCAGUUUCAGUGUAGUAGUGAAAAAGUGCUUCCAUCUGACACUCUCCGCAGUGCUCUGGCAAAGACCUUCCAGGAUGAACAGCGUUUCCAGCUGGGAAUUAUGGAUGAUGCUGCAGAGUGCUUUGAAAAUCUCUUGAUGAGAAUUCACUUCCACAUUGCUGAUGAAACCAAAGAAGAUAUAUGUACUGCCCAACACUGCAUCUCCCACCAGAAAUUUGCAAUGACGUUGUUUGAACAGUGUGUAUGUACCAGCUGUGGUGCCACUUCUGAUCCGCUGCCUUUCAUCCAGAUGGUACAUUACAUCUCCACCACUUCCCUUUGCAAUCAGGCUAUUUGUAUGCUGGAAAGACGUGAAAAACCCUCACCAAGCAUGUUUGGUGAGCUGCUGCAAAAUGCCAGCACCAUGGGGGAUCUGCGGAACUGUCCGAGUAACUGUGGAGAAAGGAUUCGGAUUCGCCGUGUGUUGAUGAAUGCUCCACAGAUUAUUACAAUUGGGCUGGUAUGGGACUCGGACCACUCAGACUUGGCAGAGGAUGUCAUUCACAGCCUGGGUACCUGCCUGAAGCUGGGUGAUCUGUUUUUCAGAGUGACGGAUGAUCGGGCCAAGCAGUCUGAACUGUACUUAGUAGGAAUGAUCUGUUACUAUGGCAAACAUUAUUCUACAUUCUUUUUCCAAACAAAGAUCCGCAAAUGGAUGUAUUUUGAUGAUGCUCAUGUCAAGGAGAUUGGGCCGAAAUGGAAGGAUGUGGUGACCAAAUGCAUCAAGGGGCAUUAUCAGCCUUUGCUACUGCUUUAUGCAGACCCGCAGGGUACCCCAGUGUCUACUCAGGACCUGCCUCCCCAACUUGAGUUCCAGUCAUACAGCAAGACCUGCUACGAUAGUGAAGAUUCAGGGAGGGAGCCCUCCAUCUCAAGUGAUACUCGAACAGAUUCUUCAACGGAGAGCUAUCCCUACAAACACUCCCACCAUGAGUCUGUGGUCAGUCACUUCUCUUCUGAAUCUCAGGGGACAGUCAUCUAUAAUGUGGAGAAUGAUUCCACGUCUCAGAGCAGUCGGGACACAGGACACCUGACUGAUAGUGAAUGUAAUCAGAAACUCACAUCUAAGAAAGGGUCACUGAUAGAACGCAAGAGGAACUCUGGCCGGGUUAGGAGGAAAGGCGAUGAGCCACAGGCCUCAGGGUACCACAGUGAAGGAGAAACACUGAAAGAGAAGCAGGCUCCUAGGAAUGCCUCUAAACCAUCUAGCAGCACCAAUAGACUAAGGGAUUUUAAAGAGACAGUCAGCAAUAUGAUUCACAACAGACCAUCACUAGCUUCUCAGACCAACCUAGGAUCUCCCUGCGUGGGGAAGGGAGGAGACCAGACUGACAAAAAGCCUCCUAGAAAUCUGCCUUUACAUUCUCGUGACUGGGAAGUAGAGAGUACCAGCAGUGAGUCAAAAUCCAGUUCUUCUAGCAAGUAUCGUCCAACGUGGAGACCCAAACGGGAGUCUCUGAAUAUUGACAGUAUCUUCAGUAAGGACAAAAGGAAGCACUGUGGCUAUACCCAGCUUAGCCCCUUUUCUGAGGAUUCAGCUAAAGAAUUUAUGCCAGAUGAACUAAGCAAGCCACCUGCUUACGACAUUAAAACUGGUGGACCAAGCCCCCAGUACAAGCCCUGGGGCCCAGCACGGCCAGGCUCUCACCUUUUAGAACAGCACCCUCGCCUAAUACAGCGAAUGGAAUCUGGCUAUGAGAGCAGUGAGAGGAACAGCAGCAGCCCCAUCAGCCUGGAUGCAGCCCUGCCUGAAAGCUCCAGUGUCUGCAGGGAUCCAAGUGCUAAGAGAUCAGCUGGGUUGGCACCUUCCUGGCGUCACAUCCCAAAGUCUCACAGCAGUAGCAUACUGGAGGCGGACUCCACAGCAUCCAGGAGUAGCUGGGCAAAAAAUCAGCACCUCUCGGGUGGGGAGCUCUCUUCCAAAAGCGAGCUGGAUGAAUUGCAGGAGGAAGUGGCCAGGAGGGCCCAGGAACAGGAACUUCGCAGGAAACGGGAAAAGGAAUUAGAGGCAGCUAAAGGAUUUAACCCUCAUCCCAGUCGCUUCAUGGACUUGGAUGAACUGCAGAAUCAGGUACUGGCCCUUUCAGGGAGGAGUGACGGCUUUGAGAGGUCCUUGCGAGAGGCAGAUUCAGUGUUUGAAGAGUCGCUGCAUCUGGAACAGAAGGGAGACUGUGCUGCAGCUUUGGCUCUCUGUAACGAAGCUAUCUCUAAACUAAGACUUGCCCUGCAUGGUGCCAGCUCUAGCACGCACAGCAGAGCCCUAGUCGAUAAGAAGUUGCAAAUCAGUAUUCGAAAAGCACGGAGCCUGCAGGAUCGCAUGCAGCAGCAGCAAUCAUCAUCGCCGCAGCCGUCGCAGCUCUCAGCCUGCCCCCCUUCACAGGGGGCGGCCCUCCCUCAGCCAACAAGUGAACAGCCUAUCCCGCUCCAAGUAUUGUUAAGCCGGGAGGCUCAAUUAGAAUCCUGCACGAAUACAGAGUUUGGGGCCAGUUCUUUCAUCCACUCACCUGCUUCCUGCCAUGAGUCACACUCAUCACUCUUCCCAGAGUCAUCUGCCCUGUCUGCCCCACAGCACAAUUCCCCCAGUAGGUCUGCCUCGAACCUUCUGACUUCAGUUGAGGAUAGCAUUGACCCCUCUACGCUCCACAGGGAGGCCUUACCUAAAACACCAGGGAGGACUGAGAAGAAUGCUCAUUAUGGUUGGGAACCAUUGGAUGUACCAGAGAGUAAGCUGCAAGGCUACAAGGGUGACAACAGCAGCUGUACCAGGUUCCUCCCACAAGAAGGAAGAGGUAUUGAUCAAGAACAGCCAUUCCAAGAAAAGAGGGACCCUGUUGUCUCAUCCCAGGUGAUGCCUUGGUCACACUCAACUGGAACAGACACCUCUGAGAGAGGAGAUGCACACAGACUAGGCUGUAGUCCUUCAAGUUCAUCAGCUCAGUCCAGCCUUCCCCUGUAUAGGGCCUGCCACACUGUAAUGCCUGCUGCUUCCUCACCUAUGCUUCACUCUCCUGAUACUGUGCAGAAGACUAACGAAUGCCUCCAAGCCAAAAGCCUCAAAACUUUGUUGACUUCAAAAGUGGAUGCUGGCAGCGAGGAUCCCUAUAGGCCAGAGUUUCCAAGCACAAAGGGGCUUGUCCGUUCUCUAGCAGAGCAAUUCCAGAGGAUGCAAGGUGCCUCCACAAGGGAUGGCACAGGUUCCCAGGAUAGAAGUUUGCCAACCAGUCUAAGAAAGAACUCUUCCCCUUCUGACUCUAAGCUUCCUUUCCCACAGGGUCGAGGGAAAGGCCAUUGGCCUUGGGCAAAACAACAGCCUUCUUUGGAUGGGAGGGACAGACUACCUUCCUGGGAAGAACCUGCUGAUUAUCCUUGUCUUGCCAUGAACUCUGGGCUGCUUAAUAGUGAAACUUCUAGGGGAAGACAGCCCAGGUUGGCAGAUCCAAGCAUGUAUCAAGGAAAGCCAUCUCAAGUUAGAGAUGCUAGGCCUAAGGAACUGGGCAGCAGUGUCGACUUGGGGACUUCCUUGCCUUUGGACUCCUGGGUGAAUGUCACAAGGCUCUGUGAUUCUCAGCUUAAACAUGGGGUCCCUGGGCCAGGAAUGAAGUCCCCCCCCCACGAUUCCCAUACCUGUGUAGCCUAUCCAGAAAGAAACCACAUCCUUUUGCAUCCACAUUGGAACCAAGACACAGAGCAGGAGACCUCAGAAUUGGAGUCUCUCUACCAAGCCAGUCUUCAGGCUUCUCAAGCUGGCUGUUCUGGAUGGGGGCAGCAAGAUGUGGCCUGGCAUUCAUUUAACCAAACAGGCUCUGCAGAUGGUGUGGGGAGGAGGUUGCACUCAGCCCCUGGCCUUGGUCUCUCAAGGACCCCAACAGCAGAAAUGGAGCACAGUCUCCAUGAAGCCAGCACAGUGCCUGCUUCUCAGGCUGCACCUUGCCGAGGCCCCAGCAGGGAGUAUGGGGAGGAUGAUCAGUACGGUGCAGAGAACUUUCACCGCAUCUCACGCAGUCUCAGUGGCACAGUUGUCUCAGAGAGGGACGAGGCUCCAGUCUCUUCCCACAGUUUUGAUUCAUCAAAUGCGAGGAAAAAGCCUUUGGAAACCGGGCACCGUUGUUCCAGCUCCUCUUCCCUCCCUGUCAUCCAUGACCCUCCUGUGUUUCUCCUUGGUCCCCAACUCUACCCAUCCCAACCACAGUUCCUGUCCCCAGAUGUCUUGAUGCCCAGCAUGACAGGGGAGCCCCAUAGACCCCCAGGAACUUCGAGGAGUGUCCAGCAGUUUCUGGCUAUGUGUGACAGGGGUGAAACUUGCCAGGGGGUCAAGCACACAGGAAGGACUCUGAACUACCAGAGUCUCCCCCAUCGUUCCAGAAUAGAUGCCUCUUGGGGACCAUGGUCAGAGACCAACCAGCAUAUUGGGGCCAGAUUCCUGAGUACUCCAGGGUGCACGCCUCAACUGCCACACACUGCCACACUACCAGAAAGGCGCCAGGGCCUUCAGGUUCCUCAUGCUCAGUCCUGGGGGGAUCUUUUCCAUUCAUUCUCCCACCCUCCCAUUGUUCACCCUGUGUCUCCACCAUCAAGCAAUCUUCAUGAACCCCUGAGGUCAGCUUGGAAUUUGGGUCCUACUCCUGGGUCUCGAGCCCCUGGUCCUCGAAGAGUAGAUAUGCCCCCUGAUGAUGACUGGAGGCAAAGCAGUUAUGCCCCACAAUCUGGGCACAGGAGAACAGGGGGAGAGGAGUUUCUAUUUGUUCUAGCAGAUGCUCCUGGAAGAGAGCAGAUAAGGGCAAGGGCCCUGCAGCACAAUAGGUGGUAAGGGUCACCCCUUCCCUUUCCUGGAACCACAGCCUUCUCUGUUAAACUGUACUGUGGAGGAGCUGGCACCCUGCAUCCCUGCUAGGGUUGUGCUAGUCUCAUCUCAAUGUAAGAGUUGGCAGUGUCCUAGGGGUACCAGGAACCCCUAACAAGACCUGGCUCUUUGAGAGGGAAUAUUUGAAAUUCCAAUUUCCUUUCACCUAGCAAAAGGAAGCAACUGCGGUUUGGGCUCUAUUUGAGCCACUUUACAGAUGAAUCCAUAUUACCCCAGACACUAGUCAUUUCUUAGGAUCUUAGGGUCACCAUUUUAUUCCUGGAUCCUUUAUGCCCCCACCUGCACCUGAGCCUUUAUCCUAUGUUCCCUAGUAUACUGCCAACUUCUAUUCUUUGUUUUACUUACCUAUCCUUAUUACCUGACCUUCUGUCUCCCCAUAUCUCAUUCUCAGAGGGACAUGUAGCUGUGUGGUCAUGGUCCUGACCACAUCAUUCAGGGCAGCCUGUUUGCCCCGUAAUUAUGAACGGUCAGCCUUCCCUGUGCCCCGACACCUUAGGCCUAGAAUGCAGAGCUGCCAACGUAACAUUUGCCCUUCUGAACAGAUGGAGUCAGGCACACUAACACACCUUCCUGUCCUCAGCAGCAGAGCCAUUACUGCCACUUGCACAGUCACCAUUGUAAACCCUCAGAGUCAGCUAAACUAUUUUAGGGCCAAACAUACUGUUUUUGUAAAGUAUUUUUCAUUAAUAAAUCUUUAAGAUAGUUGUAUUUAA